AUGAUCCGCCUACGUCUCGCCCGUCACGGCAAACGAAACACCCCAUUCUACCACAUCGUAGCUAUACAAAACCACAAACCUCGUAACGCCCUUCCUAUAGAGACUCUGGGUAUAUACGACCCUAUCCCUCGGAUCUUAUCACCUGAAUCUAUCACACCCGCCGCGAGAGUGUUCGGAAGGGAAAAAGGGGAGCAGAAGAAGGAGAAAAGGGUGGAAUGGAGUGUGGAUAGGAUACGGUAUUGGUUAAGUGUAGGUGCUCAACCUACCAAGACGGUUAUCAAGUUGUUAGAGAGGGGAGGAGUAUUGACUACACCACAUAAAUGGCAACACGCUUGGAGUCCUCCUCCACCUACGAUCACAGAAUCUGCUACCACUUCCCCUAUAAUACCGUCAUGA